AUGGGGAACUCAAUUUCUCAGACCAAGGAAUACAAUUUUACGGAUAUAUUUCCUAUAUGUAUGGAAACUUUUAAUAAUGAUAAAUCACAUGAAAAAUUAAAUUCACGUAUUAAAUAUGAUGGUGUGUGUAAUGUUCUAAUUAAGGAAAUAGGAAAUAUUGGCUACGCGUUUAAAUCUACUUGUAUGGAUCUUAGUCUAUAUUUAGAACAUAUAAAUAGUGAAAAUAUUGAAAAAAAAGAAGCAUGCUGUAAGUAUUUUAAUUACAUAUUAAAAAAUGAAUUAGAAUUAUUAAAUGAAUAUUGUAAAGGAGAAAAAAACUGCUACCAAAAAAUGAUAAAUAUAAACCAUGAAAAAAUAAAAAUACCUAAUGCAUGUGGCAAAUAUAUUAUUGAUCUUAACGAUGAAACAUUUAAAAUAUUUCAGAAAUUGCAAGGCAUAUAUAGUUAUUUUGAAUUAGUUAAAAGUAACAAAGCCUCCGAUUAUUAUGAUCUAAUUGCUCAUAUAUAUAAUGAACUUAUAUCAUUAAAUAUAUAUUGGAAUAAUAAAAGUCUUAAUGAUACAUUGGAAAUAUUUAAAGAGUUAUAUAACCAACAUAAGAUAUCUGGCUCACCAGGUUUAGGUGAAACGGAAAUCUUAUAUUCCCAUUCUAUGAUAUAUGUACAUAAGGCUAUCAUUGGUUCAUCUCUUUCGGUAGUUUUCCUAUUAAUAUUUAUAUCUAUUCUAUAUAAGGUUAAAAAUAAAUUUAUAUAUUAUUCUAAUUAUUUAUCAUACAUGCGACCAAAUGUAAAAAAGCUAAAGGCCCUAUGGGAAAAAAGAAUACCUAAAUUAAAUAAUUCAUUUAAUACAGAAUACAAAAAUGCAACUGAUUAUUGUUAUCAAAUAUUAUAUAACACCGCAUAA